AUCAUACAUAUUAACUAUCAGACUUAUACACAUGCAAGUGGCAUUUGUGAUGAAUGCAUGUCAAAAGAAAUGCAUAUUUCAUGAUAAAUACAAACUACGGAGAAAUAGAUAUCGCGAUUAAUGGUGUUGAAGCGUGGAGACGUUUUUUGCACAUUUUUUCCAAUAUAUUCCAAAGUGUAUAAUUCUUCAUUGCAAUUUGAAAGUAUGAGUUACGAUUUUAACCUUUAAUGACAGGCGUAUAAUUGUAGCAAUUUUAGAUAAUACGAGAAAUAUCAAUAUGCAGACAAUAAAAUGUGUUGUGGUAGGGGAUGGAGCUGUGGGUAAAACUUGUCUUUUGAUUUCAUACACGACCAACAAAUUUCCAUCUGAAUAUGUACCAACAGUUUUUGACAACUAUGCAGUGACAGUAAUGAUUGGUGGUGAUCCGUAUACAUUAGGACUGUUUGAUACUGCUGGUCAAGAAGAUUAUGAUAGACUAAGGCCUCUAAGUUAUCCACAAACAGAUGUAUUUCUCGUUUGCUUUUCAGUAGUGUCACCAUCAUCUUUCGAAAAUGUUAAAGAAAAGUGGGUACCAGAGAUUACGCAUCAUUGUCCAAGAACUCCAUUUUUGCUGGUUGGUACUCAAAUUGAUCUGAGAGAUGAUGUUGCUACUAUAGAAAAAUUGGCAAAGAAUAAGCAAAAACCGAUAUCGGCAGAACAAGGAGAAAAACUUGCCAAGGAAUUGAAAGCAGUAAAAUAUGUAGAAUGUAGUGCUCUUACGCAGAAAGGUUUGAAGAACGUAUUUGAUGAAGCUAUUUUAGCUGCAUUGGAACCUCCAGAGCCAGUAAAGAAGAGGAAGUGCAUACUCUUAUAAAAAAAGGAACAUGCAUUCAGAAGGGGAACAAAGUAUAAUAAUGAGCGGCGUAGUAUACAGCAGGCAUUGUUAGAAACUUCGAAAUCGUGCAUAUAUGGUGAUUCCUUUUUGAGGAGAAAUAUUAAUCUUCUAAAAUUAAUCAACAGCCGCUAAUACCGCAACGCGACAAUUUCAAUUGAAUUUUUUUCAUAAUAUCGUAUUAUAAUAUCGAUCACAUUCCACAUAACAGAUAUUGAUUAAAAAUUUCAAUUAGUUUCACGAGAUUGAAUUCAGUUUCAUCUAAAAUCAAAUAUAACUUGUAAUGCAUAAUACAUGAAUAUUUUUCUAGUUACUCAAGUUUUAUUUUGAAAACUAUUUGGUCGUUCAAAAUUUCUUUACUACUUUUAUCAGAACAAUUGGUGCUACCAAUUUUUUGUGUUUUAUACAUUCACCAGUUAAACGAGUCACAGUGUAGAAUAAAGCAUUCUCUUGAACAUAUAAAGGGUCAAAGAUUUUGGGAAAAAAAACAAACUAGAUUAAUUUAGUAUACUAGAUUUCAGUAUACUAAAUUAAAUUACACGUUUAUAGUAAAAUCAAGGAUAGAAACUUUGCAAUUAAUGUAUAGACGUACAAUACAUUAUAGUUAUAUUGUAAAGGCACCUUUGAUAUAAUUAUUUUCUUUGGUGAAUGCAUUUAAAUUUUUCAAAAGUCGAAACGGCAGCUACAUCACGUAAAUUGUUUUUAUCGUAGCGCAUUUGUUUUGACAAAACUUUUUGCAUCUAAUUUUGUACAUAUCAGUGUUCGUCAUAAAUGCACAUACGAUGUAUUAAAACGACGAAAAAGAUGAUAAUAAUAACAUGCAUUUAUAUUUUAUAAGAUUUCAAAGAAUAUAUUUGCUGGUAAUGUCAACUAUACUAUGUCAGAUGCGAUAUUAAAAUUUUAUAAAAAUGAUUGCAUGUAUACAUAUAUAUAUAAAACUUUUGAUGAAAACGAAGAUCAUAGUUGAUCGAGUUCGUUUCUUAGCAAUCGCAUAUUUACGCAUUAUUUAUUUCAACAAAUAUUGUAAUAUUUGAUAAACGAAAAAUCAAUGCCUUGUUUUUUUUUUUCUGAUGAAUUUCUUACGAUAAGUGAACUGGAUAUGUGUGAGAAAAACUUCUGAAAUACAGUUCUUGCAUGAUCAAAAAGUUUUUGAAUGGCUAAUAAAGUCGUGUGGAACGAUGCGUGAACGUAUAGAGAAAUCAUCGAUCAAUUUUUACAUUCUGUAUCCAGUUAAAAGGUGGCAUUUAUUAGCAUUACAUGUGUCGCGAUAUCUAGACACAAUCGCAUUAUAAAAAUAUUCGUAUAAAUAUAUUUAUACUAUGCAUAACAAA